UCAUUGCUCUCCACCGGAGGCGUGUAAACCCUAGAAACCGCCUCUCUCUGGCUCUCUCUCUCUCGAAGGGUUCUCUCGAUUUCUUCAAUGUCUUCCGCAGAGGUUGAGUAUAGGUGCUUCGUCGGCGGUCUCGCUUGGGCCACCGACGACCAGUCCCUCGAGAGGGCUUUCAGCCAGUUUGGGGAGAUCCUCGAAUCGAAGGUCAUCAACGAUCGCGAGACCGGGAGGUCCCGCGGGUUCGGCUUCGUUACCUUCGGCAACGAGAAGGCGAUGAGGGACGCGAUCGACGGCAUGAACGGCCAGAACCUCGACGGGAGGAACAUCACCGUCAACGAGGCCCAGUCUCGCUCCGGCGGGGGCGGAGGAGGCGGCGGCGGAUUCAGCCGCGGCGGUGGCGGCGGGUACGGUGGCGGCCGCCGCGAAGGAGGCGGUGGGUACAACCGCGGAGGCGGCGGCUACGGAGGCGGCGGUGGCUACGGAGGCGGCGGGUACGGCGGGAGCCGCGACCGCGGGUACGGAGACGGCGGUUACGGCGGCGGCGGUUACGGCGGCGGCUCCAGGUACUCCAGGGGCGGCGGUGCCUCCGAGGGUAACUGGAGGAACUGAACUGAGUUUGUCGGUGCUGUUUUUAAUUUUUUUCCCAGUUGGCGCAUGUGAUCUGAGCCUAGGUGGGUGUGGUGUCGUGGUCUUAUGGUGUCGUGGUUUCGUCGUCGUGUUCGAGUUCUCUGCUUUUUUGAUCGAUGGUUACUAAGCAACCUGUCCUUUGCGCAUAGAUGUCAAAGCAAAUGGAAGUAUAGUUCUUCGCUCUCAACAA